AUGUCAACGCAGUUGAACAGCAAUCCUGAGAUCUUACUACGUAAGAGAAGGAAUGCCGAUAGAACAAGGCUUGAGAAGCAAGAGUUAGCCAAGAAGAAGAAGGAACUAGCAGAUAAGCAAAGGCGUCAGAAGAAAGGGAAAUUUGUGAGGGCAGAAGCUAUAGUUUCUACUAGCAUUGCUACAGAAAGAGAAAAGGAAAGAAUCAAAAGGGUAUCAAAGUUAGAACAUAAGAAGGUUAGAGCUGAUGUUUCUCAUGUGGCAUCAACCAAGGAUUUUAUCCUUCAUGUUACCGAGAGUGCUGAAGAAGAAGGAGAGGAUGGUUUAGUAAGGGAAAAGGUCGAAUAUUUUGGCGAGGAAAUUUUACUCUUUAUUAUCCGAGUGAAGGGUCCAACUGCUGUAAAUAUUCCACAGAAGGCAUUCAAGGUAUUGUCGAUUCUUAGACUUGUUGAAUUAAAUACCGGUGUUUUUAUUAAGUUGACGAAGGAAGUAUUUCCAUUAUUAAAGAUUAUAGCGCCUUAUGUUGUUAUUGGAAGGCCAUCUUUGAAAUCUAUUCGUUCAUUGAUUCAGAAGAGAUCGAGAAUUUUGUAUCAAAAACCUGACGAGGAACAACCAACGGAGAUUGUUCUAAAUGAUAACAAUAUUGUUGAGGAGAAGCUAGGAAAUGAAGGGAUCUUGUGUGUGGAAGAUAUAAUCCAUGAAGUCGCAACUAUGGGCGAAGCCUUCUCUAAAUGUAACCAUUUCUUGCUUCCAUUCAAGUUAAAUCGUGAGGUCAGUGGGUUUACUGCUAUGAGCAAGCUACAGAAGUUAAAGCAGAGGGAAAUAGAUUCGAAGAAGCAUAGGCUAUCUAAUGCUGCAACUGCACCAAUCAUACAGGUUGACAUCGAUGUUAUGAUCGAAAAGCUAAAUUAA